CAGCAGGCAGAGCGGGGGCUAGAGCCCCAGGACCAUGAACAACAGUAACUGCAGCUCCAGUCCCGGCUCCGGGGAGUUUGCCAGGCCCCAGGAGGCCCAGCCCGUCCUCCUCGCCUACAUGGUUGCGCUCCUGGUGCUGGGCCUGCUGCUCAACAGCCUGGCGCUCUGGGUGCUGUGCUGCCGCCUGCCACGCUGGACGGAGACCCGCAUCUACAUGGCCCACCUGGCCGUGGCCGACCUCUGCCUGCUCUGCGUCCUGCCCUUCUUUCUGCACUCCCUGGAGAGCAGCAACCAGGACACGCUGCUCUGCCAGCUCUCCCAGGGCACCUACCUGGCCAACCGGUACAUGAGCAUCAGCCUGGUCACGGCCAUCGCCGUGGACCGCUACGUGGCCGUGCGGCACCCGCUGCGCGCCCGCAGACUCCGCUCCCCGCGCCAGGCCGCCGCCACGUGCGCCGCGCUCUGGGUGCUGGUGCUCGGCUCCCUGGCGCUCCGCUGGUUCCUGAGCGUGCAGGAGGGCGGCUUCUGCUUCACCAGCCGCCCCGGGGCGAUUUCCUACACCGCAGUCUUCUCGCUGCUGGGCUUCUACCUGCCGCUGGCCGUGCUGGGCUUCUGCUCUCUGCAGGUGGUGGCCGCCCUGGCCCAGAGGCCAGCCACCGCCGUCGCGCGCCAGACGGAAGCCACCCGGAAGGCCUCCCGCAUGGUCUUGGCGAACCUGGUCGUGUUCGUGGUCUGCUUCCUGCCCUUCCACGUGGUGCUGACUGUGCGCACGGCCAUGGGCCACUCCUGUGCCAUCCGUCUCGCCCUCCAGAUCACCAGCAGACUCUCGGACGCCAACUGCUGCCUGGACGCCAUCUGCUACUACUUCAUGGCCAAGGAGUUCCAGGAGGCGUCUGUGCUGACCGCGCCCCUCAGAGCCAAGGCCCAUAAGAGCCAGGACUCUCUGUGUGUGACCCUGUCCUAGGAGAUGGGCCACAGGCUCCGCGGAGGUGCUGUCUGCUGGGGGGGCCUAUGACCAGCGAUGAGGAGCUCCAGGAUUGGCCCUGAACUCACCGUGGGCUGUGGGCCCUCUUGGGAGGCCCAGGUGGGCAGGACAACCCAGGCAUGGAGCCUGGGGAGGCAAUACCCCCACCCCUGGGGCAGAAGAGGGACAGGGAUGAGGGCAGGAGGACUCAGGCCUGAGCAAGGCCAUCCCAGGGACCUCAGGAUGGGGCUGCACACCUGCUGCUCCCAGAGCCUGGGACACCUGGGGCGCAGGGGGUGGGGGCCUGCUGGGCGCUGUGAGGCUCUGACGGCCAGCUUUCCGCGGCCCCCCACAGGGGCCAGAAUAAAGCUCUC